UGUAACCCUCUUUAUUGCCACACGAUUCAAAAUGUCUGGAUUCGCCAAGCGGUACAGUUUCAGGAGCGGGAAGGUUCACGACGAGUCCUGUAAGUUCUACAACGGCGCCCCGCUCGCCAUCGCGGCGUGCUGCGUUCUCUUCUGUCUCGGGAUCGGGCUGAUCAUCGGAUUUGAGACAGGCAGAGGUGGAGGACAGGUCAGACCGUGGCAACAGGUCCGACUUCCGGAGUCGCUAUUACCCAUUCACUAUGACGUAGAGCUGCGUGUUGACGUGACGGCGUUCACCGUGGUGGGACAGGUGAACGUCACGCUCAGGUGUGCCACGCCCACCAGGUACGUCAUCCUACACGCCGCUGAGCUGGACAUCGUGGACGGGGACGCCGCGCCAGGUAUUCGGGGCGAAGGUGAUGUCGUCACCACCACGAGAAUUACCUCCUGGUUUCUCUAUGAAGAAAACCAGUUCCUUGUUCUGGAGCUAGAUUCGGAACUGACAAAGGGCGCCGUCUAUACCGUCAGCCUCAACUUCAGAGGGACGCUGAGAGACGGACUGGUCGGGUUCUACCGGUCUUCGUAUGUCAACAAGGACGGACAAACAAGAUAUCUGGCCACGACUCAGAUGCAGCCGAUGGGAGCCCGGCUGGCGUUCCCGUGUUUUGACGAGCCCGCCUUCAAGGCCACGUUCACGGUGACCCUGGUACACCGGGCCGGGUACACGGCCCUCGCCAACAUGCCGCUGGAAAACAACACCAGAGUGUGGGCCCGCCCGGACUACAUAUCUGCGGGGAUGGGGGACUACGCCCUGGACGUCGCUGACAGGAUCCUUGCUUACUAUGAGGAGUACUUUGACGUCCCUUUUCCUCUUCCAAAGAUCGAUCACAUCUUUAUCCCGGACGUUAUCUUCGGAGCCAUGGAGAACUGGGGCCUGGUCACAUAUGCCGAGCAUCUGUUUCUGUAUGACCCAAGUAGGCCGUCUGCAUCAGGGAAGAGAGAAACUGCACGGAUAGUAGCGCAUGAGCUGGCUCACAUGUGGUUUGGUAACUUGGUGACCAUGGAAUGGUGGGACGGCACGUGGUUGAACGAAGGCUUUGCCAGCUAUGUGGAGUUCCUUGGGUACGGCUACGUGGCACCGGACAUUGACGUGGCCUACUUGGAAAGGAAUGCCUACAGCAACGCGGUUCAGGACGAGCUGUGGGAAGAGUUAACUCUGGCCGCCAGAGCGGACGGACAGACUGACCUGGACGUGAAGACUGUGAUGGACACCUGGACACUACAGAUGGGAUAUCCUGUGGUCAGCCUGACCAGAGACUACGGCCGUGGCACGACUCAGGCCACUCAGCAAUACUUUCUACUGGACCCGACGGCCACUGCCAGUGCACCGUCUGACUUUGGCUAUAGAUGGCACAUACCACUCACGUUCACCACCAGAGGGAAUUCAUUUGAUCAGCCGGAGCAGGUCUGGAUGCGGCCGGAUCAAGGUACCAGUUCAGUCAGCUUGCAAGGUGCCGGCAGCGAUGACUGGGUACUGGCCAACAUCCACCGUGUCGGAUACUACAGAGUCAACUACGACCAGACCAACUGGCAACUGCUUAUCGACCAUCUCAACAGCGACCUCUAUGAAGACAUUCCACCAGACAACAGAGGAACACUAAUUGACGAUGCGUACAAUCUUGGGCGUGCUGGACAACUGGACCUGUCCACGGCCCUGGACCUGACGAGGUACUUGGUGCGAGAGCGACACUCCGUUCCGUGGAGCAUGGCCAAGGCAGCCAUGGACUAUGUGGUAACUGUCUUUGGCUCCGUCAGAGACAUAUACGACAACUGGCAGGCCCACAUGGUACAACUGAUUAGUCCAUUCUACAACGAGGUUGGAUGGACCCCUCAACAGAGCGAUUAUAACACCGAGGCUGGGCAAGUCCUGGCUAUAUCAACCGCAUGUACUUACGGGCAGACGGGCUGUGUAAACAACGCUACAGCGCUGUUCCGGCAGUGGAUGAACACAAACAACAACAGCCAUAUUCUGGAGACCUUCAAGUCCACGGUGUACUGCACUGCCAUAGGGUAUGGGGGCAGUCGGGAGUGGGACUUCGCCUGGCAGCGGUACCUGGAAGCCGAGCCGUCGGAGCAGAGCCUUCUCCUGUCCGCCAUGGCCUGUAGCCGUGAUACGGUCAUCCUCAGCAGAUAUCUUGAGAGAAGCAAAGAUGCCGCUCUCGUCCGCAGGCAGUCAGCUCCUGACGUCAUCAGCUACGUAGGACGGAGUGACGUAGGCAAGUCUCUGGCCUGGAACUUCCUGGUCGACAACUGGGACUUCUACGUGGAGAACUACGAUGAAACUCAGUUUACCAUGGCUGGCAUUGUCUUAUCCGUCACCAAGCAAUUCAGUACUCAAGAAGACCUUGACAAUCUUGAACAGUUUCUGACAGAUCAUCCGAAUCAGGGAACAGCGACUCGAGCCUUUUUUCAAGCAGUGGACUCCACCCGUGCGAAUCUGAGGUUCCGCCAGGACAACGAGAGCAAGAUCCGCGCCUGGCUAGAGAGGCUGGGUUGAGGAAAUUAGUUUAUAGGCCAUAGAUAUAUAGAAAGUAAAUUUUAUGGAUGGCAUCCUCCGCAGACACCAAAUCUUGUUAAAUAAUGAUUCUUUUUUUUAUUUAGCGGCAACAUCACAUACAAAGGAAUAAAAUAUACACAUUUGUCUUCACAUUUGUCUGUCAUCCAAGUUGCAACAUGCAGAUGACAACAGACAUAUUUGCCCAUUUUCGGCAUGUUGACCACUAUCAAAAUCAGGCAAAAAUUAAUGCGCGCUGAAAAUUACUUGCUGUGGCCUUACUUAAGUUCAUAAGGUGUGUAAGACGUUAUGAUGCUUUAUUUUACUACGAAAGGCCAACUAUAUGGCCAUUUCUUUUACAUAAACUUAAAAGUGCGUCACCUUGUAAAAGAUCUCUGGUAUUACUUAGCUUGUUGCCAAUUAUAUCUCCGCUCUCAGCACUGAAUAUAGUCCUAGAUAAUGCCCACUUUGACACAGUGUGAUAAAGCUAUAGCAGAGGGCUGAGGUAAACAUUACUAAACAAACAAUAGGUAACUCUUCAACACCCUGGCUGCGUGGCCGUUGUGGCUUUCUUUUUAUGUAGAAUCUGUGAUGUGUUGAAACAGCACUGACACCAUGCUCAUCAUGUUGCAUCAGUUUGCAGGAAAUAAUGAUUUAAAAGGUUGUAAUACCUGCAACCAAUAUGACGUACAGACUUUGGUGUAUU